CUUGAGACUUUCACCACUGAACUCGCUCUCCGCCUCAAUCGUCCCAAUUGGGGAGGUCAUGGGGAUCUGGACAAGCAAAACGGAGAGGGGCGGCUUGUUUAUUUGGUCCCAGAUAUAUCAUACCUGAGGGUUGAACUAAGAUCAGAGAAGCCGCUUGAGAUACCUAGUGAUCACUUAUUCUAUCUAGCGAGAGGAAAGGAUCACGGCACCUCUGAGGCGAACCUCGAAAUGACAAGGCGGGCAUCAAAAAGGCGAGCACACUUGAAAGUUCGCAUUCGGGCAAUCGCUGGAGUCCUAGCUCUUCGCGCAUCAGUUUCCAAGACAACCGCUCCCACCGUCGAGAACAGUGAAGUUGGCCGUGAGGUUGGCCAUGAAGCCAACGACGGCUGGGAACUCGAUGUUCCCCUUCCUUCACACGCGUCUCAGGAAGAGGUAAUGAAUAUUCUGACUUAUUUAAUCCAAAUUUUGGUGUUCCUUUUGAGAAUGCACCAGAUCCCCGAGCUUUGUGUGAUGUUGGCGGACGACUCGUUCGGGGUAUCCCAACUGACUUGACGCAUUCUGUACUUUUGCUGUACCUUUACUGGAUUUCGCCUAUCUUCGUUUCGGGGAUUUUUUUUUUUUUUUUUUUUU